CGACAAUGGAGGAGCCAGUUGACAAGAAGGCAGCAACAGUGACAGACAGACAGAGGAAAUCCAGUCUUCAUUAUGUGAAGGCCUAUCACAUGUGAGAAGGAGAGAUAAGAGGCAGGCGGAUGUGUGGUGACAUAUCAUAAUAAGCAGACUCUUAAAGCGGAAAGACCGGCUCAGAAAUAAAGAGGGCUCCUACCUGGUGUGUAUGUGUGGAAUUAUGCCUCUCUUCUGGGUUGUGCUUUGGUCAACGCUCCCUCCUCUGGCUCUCUUCUGUGGUCCAGACUGUUGUACCGUCCACGAGAACAGCGGCUUACAGAACGCGUCUCCACUGCUGGAAUCCUUACAGUGCCAUAAUGAUUACGUGUCCUAUGUCUACUGCAAGUGGAGGGAACACAAAAACAUGAAACUGCAGCUCUGGUUCAAGACAGAAAACAACAGGGAGCAGUGUAUGCCUCACGGUGCUGAAGUACAAGAUGCAAGUGAGCACAGGACUGUCCAAUGCAGAUACGAAACCCGUGCAUUUUCCAUUGGCAUCCAGCACACUGUCUUCUUCCUCAAGAACAAGACACUCAGCCCUUGCUCAUCUGUCCCACACAAGCUUCUGGAUCUUUCUCAGCACUUGAGAGCACGGCCACCAGUGAACCUGUCCACACAUGAUGAAGGUGAUGGAGGCAGACGGCUCAGUUGGUCCAGCGCCUAUGCGUCCUCCUCCUCCCUUAACAAAAACCUCACAUAUCAGCUCAGCUUUAAGACAGACAGACAGGACAACUGGACGUUUCAGGACGUCACAAACACCAGUAUGAAACUGGAGAAGCCGUUGUUGCUUCCGGAUCGAAAGUACGAAGCCAGGGUGAGGGCCCGGGCCAGUGUGGGUCAGUGGAGCGACUGGAGUCCCGUGGUGACCUGGAACACUGAACAAGACACUGGGCAGUUUCCCAGUUUACACUGUGUGCUGGAUGGAGAGAAGGAGGUGACGUGUAGCUGGGAGGUGAGCAGAGAGGUGGCUCUCUUCAUUACCUAUGAGCUGGCAUGUCGACGCAACCAGACUGCACUGUCUAACAGAUGCUGUAAGAACCCAAAAGUCAGCUCUGACCUCAGCAGGGCGGUGAUGAGGUACAGCUGCUCGCUGACAGAGCCUUCACAUCUGCUGCUGGAGCUCCUACCACUACGCAAUGCCAAGACUUUUAAGGCCGACCAACACAUUCGUCCCAACCCCCCGCAGCAGGUAAAGGUGAAGAAGAAAGACAUCAACUGGGUGGUGGAAUGGACUAAGCCAAACACAGCAAAAAUGAAAAAAGUCAGACUGUAUUAUCAGGUCUGGUAUUACAUGACACAGGAACAGGGAUCUGAUGUCCUGCUGAACACUUCAGUGGGGUCCAUGUCAGAGAGCAUCCUGGACGCCUCUCUUGUCCCGUCCCAGUGCUACCAGGUCAGGGUCAGGUCGCUGGUCGGCCCUUCCAACUAUAAGGGAAUUCCCUCUGAAUGGACUGAUCCUGUGGAGUGGACCUCACAUGAGGCCACCUGGUCCCUAUCAACCCUGAUCUAUUUCAUCAUCAGUGUGUUUGUGGCCGCAGUCUUCCUCACACUCUACUGCACCAUUCCGGUUUGUCAAAGGAGGGCAGUUCUGUGGGUUGACUCAGUUCCGUCUCCUGGCAAAAGCAAAAUCCUGUCUCAGUUCAAGUCUGGCACCAGCGGGACUUUCAUGCAGAAUGAGAGCACGGCCAUCUGCAAAGUGCUGCGUUUGGACAAAGCGUUGAUAAGCUCUUCAGACGCUUUGCUGUGGCCAACCAAGGACACUGAAAAUAAUUGUCUGGAGCAGGACGGCGGCUGCUGGAAGUGUGAUAGCCUGCUCUGCCCUGGUGAGAAGGUUAAAGCCUCUGACACGUCCUCCAUGAGCUUCAGCGGGCCGUACAUCUUCUGUCAGUCACCGGAGCCAAGCUGCAAGUCAACGGAUGUCAAACGUGAAGACAAGGAGAAAGAGCAAGAAACCCCAUCGGGUGACUCGGCGUCUCCUUCCCCGGUGAAUUUCAGCCUUUACGGGGAAGGUUAUGUGUGUCUGCCCAGCCGCAGCGUCUCCAGGUCCACACAGGAUCUCAUAUCUCACAGCGAAGCCAGCACAAACACACACAGGCACGACAGCGCUGAGCAAGACCAACAGUGUCCCGAUAAGAUGGACGGCCAGCCGGGCCUCAGCGAGCCCGCCAGCAGCCACCCACCUCCAGCCUACAUCUCAGGACUUUUCACUCCCUGGCCGCAAGGGAGCACCGCACAGCCCUCUGGGUACUGCCACCUCCCCGCAGCUUUCAUGAGAGCAUCACAUUGACCUGCAACGUGCAAGGGAAGAGCACAUCAAGGAGGACCUUAUGAGGCUUUCUCAGCAGCUAUAACAAUUAAUCAAUUUUUUUUUAUACACUUUCCACUUUAUGUUAAGCUACAUCUGCUUCAAUGUGGAAGAGAUGCAUUUAUGUGUAAUAAUAAAUAGGUUUUUACUAGGGCUGUCAAAAUUAAUUAAU